AUGGCAGGCCGCUCAGGUCUGAACUUCUCCCGCUCAUCAAAUAUAUGUUCGCCGUCUUCCUUUCCGCUCAUUGUUUCUCACCUAAGGCUGUGUUUGAAAAUCGGUGGUGGACCAUUCUUUUCCUUUUGCAUGUUAUUCUUUCGGCAACAACCUUUCCCCCCUGAUUUCUUAACACAGAUUCAUCUUACUUUUUCUUUCUUUCCGCCUAUUUGUCUUUCCUUUCAUCUUUCUAUCGGUCAUAAAUUUCCCAUUUCGUUUUUCUUGAUUUUUCUUCUUUUCUUUGUGGCAUUUCAAGCCAAAAGCAAAAAUCAAUUUUUUCUUUCUUUCUUUCUUUUUAUUUUCUUUCUUUCUUUCUCUCUCUCUCUCUCUCUCUCCCUCUAUCUAUCGGAUUUUUUCUUUCUUCCUUUUUCUUUCUUUUUUUUUUUUUUUUGCUUGCUUGCGUGCUUGCUAUCGGUCAAUUUUGAUCAAAAUUAUUUUUUUCUUUCUUUUUUUUUUCUUUCUUUUCUUUCCUCCCUUCCUGCAUCUUUUGUUCCUUUUUUUUUUCUUUCAUUCUUUCUUCCUAGCUUACUUCUUUUCGGACGAUUGAUCAGUCUUGUUCCAUAUUCUUUCUUUCCUUUUUUUUUUUUUUUCUUCCUAUCAGUCGAUCGGUCAAACUUAAUCCAGAUACUGCUUUUCUUUCUUCUUUUUUUUUUCUUUAUGACGAUCCAUCAAACUUGUCAAGAUUUUUUUUCUUUCUUUUUUAGAUUCGGUCGAUCGUUCAAUUCUGGUUCAGAUUUUUUUUCUUUCUUUCUUUCUUUUCUGCUUUCGGUUGAUUGGUUUCAAUUCUUUUUUUUCUUUUGA